AGAGGAUCUACGAUGUAUUUGACACUUGCAAAAGUGAAGAUGUCGCCUCUCCAAGCGGGCCGGCUCAGUAUCUCUUUCUGUCUCUUUAACCAGCCAGUCAAUAUACUCCUCUACUACUUCUACUAAUAAUAAUAAUAUCAUCUUUAUCAUUGUUAUUAUAAAAGCUCUAGUGUUUAAUAUCAGCAACCAUCAUCCCAAAAAAAUCCCAUCUGUUUCUGGUCAAUUUGAACAAAGAAGCGGAGAAAAAAAAGAAGGAAAGUCACUAUAUUUCCCAGCAUGCCUUGGUGCAGGGUAUGCCUGUGAUGUCACAAUAAGUAUAUAUACGGCUGCGGGGAAGAAUCGGUGCCUCCAUUGUUACACUGUAACAACCGGGCCGGGGCGGAGCGGGGAGGAACAGGCGGCUUCUCCUCAAGAUCAAAGGCAAAACGGCAACAUUGUAACGAAUCGGGCCAAAAAAGAAACAGAAACACACAACAAAGAAAACGCGUAAAACCGAGAGGACGAAGAGAAGCCGAGCCCGGAACCAUCGAUCCCCGCCCCGGUGAGAAGCACACACAGACACCCGGAGGAUAAACGAACACAGAUGUCAGCGGAUUUCUCCAAAAUUGAAGAUUGUCAGUGUCUGGGAAUAAAUCUGAUCAUUUGACGCUUCCUCCUCCUCCUCCACCUCCUCCUCCUCCUCCUGCUCCUCCCGCUGUGGCCUUUAAACCGAGGAACUUGCAGAGCUCCUGAUUUCUGCCUGAUCCCCCAGAACAAUGAGCCUGGAGGAGCCUCACAUCAGAUCCUAGAUCCGUGCUGCACUUUGACAAUCAUUCAGGCUUUGAGGCAAAUCAAGUUGGGUUUGCAUCGCAGACUGGUUCCCCCCCCACACCUCCCCAGAAAACCAUCAUCUCACUACGCGUUAUUAGAGGAUUGAUGCGCUGCUGCUGCUGCUGGUGCUGCUGGGAGGAGAAACCACCGACGAGCUGGUCGGAAUAAGGGUCUUUGAUUCUGCCCCAGACACCGAGUUUCCAUGGAGGCAGCCCCGGCCCUCAGCCUCAAACGACGAUAUGACGAGGUGGACCACGGCUCCCCGUUCUCCACGCCGAAGGACUCAGACGAUGACAUCUCCAGCAGCGACAGUGCCGACAGCUGCGACAGCCUCAACCCCCCCACCAGCACCGCCUUUACCCCGACCUCCAUCCUCAGACAGCACAAGCCGUCACCGGGGGGGAAGCGGGUGCGUUUCGACGUGGUGACGGUGUACUACUUCCCCCGGCGGCAGGGCUUCACCAGCGUGCCCAGCCAGGGGGGCAGCUCGCUGGGCAUGGCCCGCCACCACUCCUCCAUCAGAAACUACACACUGGGCGAGUUCGCACGUGAACAGGAAACCAGUCACAGGACCACGCUGCUCCAGCACCUGCGCCAAGAGAAGCUCAACGCCCGCAAGAUGAAGAUGACGAGGAACGGCACGGUGGAGUGCGCCCAGGCCGACCUGCUGACUCUGGAGGACGUGUCGGACGAGGACCUGGACGUGGACGCGGUGGAGGUGGACGACUGUUUCUUCCUCCAGCCGCUGCCCACGAAGCGCCGCCGGGUCCUCCUGCGAGCGUCUGGCAUCGCCCGCAUAGACGCCAGGGAGAAGGCCGAGCUCAGAGCCAUCCGCCUCUCCAGGGAGGAGUGUGGCUGCGACUGCCGUCUGUACUGCGACCCCCGACACUGCGGCUGCAGCCAGGCCGGUAUCAAGUGCCAGGUGGAUCGAAUGUCCUUCCCGUGCGGCUGCUCUCGUGACGGCUGUGGAAACGGAGCCGGACGCAUCGAGUUCAACCCGCUGCGUGUUCGAACCCACUACCUGCACACCGUCAUGAAGCUGGACCUGGAGAAGAGGAGGCUGCUCAUCCAGGGGCCCGGGGACCAAUAUGCUGAAUCCGACCCAAUAUCCUCCCGCGGCUCCACUUGCUCUACUCCCCCGGACCUGUCCUCCGAGCUGGAGGAGAGGGAGCUGCAGGCGGUCCGACAGGUUCAGGACCUCCUGGCCGAGGAGGACAUCCUGGAGCGGGAGAACGAGACGGCUGUGCUGCACCUGCAGAGCGCGGAGGAGCAGGAGAGGAGGGAGCGGGAGGAGGCCGAAGGGGAGGCGCUGCAGCAGGAGCUGGGGGCUGGAGGUCUCUCCGAGCCUUUCCGUCUUCUGCCUGGUGCUCUGGGAGGGGAGCUGACGGAGCAGGCGGAGGUGCCGGGUGUGGAGCAGGUCCUCCUGCAGGGGCCGUUCCCCACCGGGGCCACAGUGCUGUGCAUCUCUGACCACCAGGAGGAGAACCCCUCCGACCUCCUCCGAGACUCCACGUCUCUGCUCUACUAUCAACUCAGUCCCAUCGAGCCUGGAGCCUUUGAGACGCUGCCCAGGGCGGAGGAGGCCGAGCAGGAGGAGUGCUUGGUGAAAGAACAACAAGCGGGAGGAGGCGACCCUGUGAAGGGGAAACACGGAGGAGGUGGAGAGGAGUCGAAGGAUGAUUCGCCUGGAAAAAUCUUCUGCAGGCCGAGUUUGGGCAAGUGCCUGAGCGACGUGAUGCUUUGCUCAGAGGAACGUGCGGCAGUGGAGGAGGAGAAGACGUCGAGUUGUCAGCGCAGCCUCCUGGAGGAGCAGCGCCGAGGGGCCUCCUGCUCCGAGGGGGAGCUGGAUCCACUGCCUCCUGAAGUCUAAUUCCAGCUUCUCCGCAGAUAUUUGCACAAUAGCUUCAUCAAAGAUGAAUAAAUUACAUAUUUACACAUUUAUUACAGCUAUCAUCGAGAGUGAUCCCAGGUUUCAAUCUCUCGGAUUGACCGUCACUAAAAUACAUGGAGGAUGAGCUCGAGUAUAACGAUACAUGCGGGGGGGGGGAGAUGGUGAAAGCACAUACACAUCACUCCUCACAAGUCAAACGGAUGCAGUUACAAGCGGUGAACGUAAUUCUGUCGGGGGGGGGAUGAGUGCGGCCUUAAUGGAAAAACAUUAAAACACUUUUGUGUGUGUAGGAGUCAUUUGUCGAUGAGAAGUACAUCGAGUAGUGUUUUGAUAAUUUCCUACACAGCAGACAGAGCAGUGUGACGUGAAUGCUGACGUCAGCCUUUUGUGUGUGUUGGUAUUUAAAGCCGUUCAACACAAAUAGUUGUUGUCGUGCUUAAGGAGCUGGUGUGGUCAGAUACUCACCGGCGUAGUUUCCAUUCCACUCGUCGUUCUGUGGUCGAGCCAAAGGACGGCCUCUGAUAGUUUCCUCCGCUGAAAAGAAACCUAAUAAUCCUGGAAAUACUUGUUUUCUUGUGUACUGUACAUGCAUUUGCAAAAGUGCAAGAGAGCGAGAGAGAGCCGAGGUUGCUGCUUUUUUUUUCAAAAUAGGUGUGAACGUGGUGAACUGAGGGCGGUGAGUGUCUGUGGCUCCGCUGCAUCGGGACUCAGAGGUCCGGCCUCGGUCGCUGCUCGGGCAAAAAUGUGUUUCGAUUCAUCGGGAAGUAAAAGAAAAAGAGAAAAAAAACACUAAAAAACCUAGUUGACCUGUAGUUGCAAUGCCUAUGAUAUUAUUUGUUGUGUAUUUGGUGAAUUUAGAUGAUGUUGGUCAUUGUUUAUGUUUGAGUGAAAGGAAAUGUUGCUCUCCUGAUGCAGCACCGCGUCACGAGGGAAACGCCUCGCUCCUCUCUCUGUGUCCACCCGUUAAAGAUUUGAUUCUGAAUCAAGUUGAAUAUCAAAAUGAAGAAAUCUGAAUUUUUUUAAGAGACAACGAAAAAACCACAGCCUGUUCUAUUGAAGGUAGAUCUAUGAAAUGAUGUGAGGUCACUAAUUUAUGGAACAGAUUGACCACAAACCUGAAUUUGUGUCUAUUAUUUUCACUCUUUGUGUGUGUGUGUGUAUGUGUGUGUGUGUGUGUAUGUGUGUGUGUGUGUGUCUGUGAGUGUGAGUGAGGGGGUGGGGGGGUAUAUUAGUGAGGAUAUGUACUUUAUUCCUGAAAGGUGCUGACGUUACAGAUCUGCGAUUCUCUCCUCUCCUCCCGGCCAUCAUGAGAAAUAUGAUUUCUUUUUUCUUCAUGGAGCUGUUUCUCAAUGACUGACGUUAAAGUGAAGUGUGGGAGCGCCCCCUGUAGGAACGCAAUAGCUACUGCACUGCAAAGAACAUCAUUACCGGGGCCUUUGUGGAAUGAGGUUGUUCUAGUCAUCCAGUAUGUCAAUGAAAACGUGUAACUGUUUCAGUCUUUAAACGUCUCUUUUGUCUGAUUGAUGCUGAUCUGCAUAAGUGUGCCGACUCUUCUGACACUAAACCGAUCCUUUGUCUUGUUGCCUGAAGUGACGCCAAACACAGGAUGUGCUGCCGUGUAGGAGACGUCUGAUGUUUUUACUUUAUUGCCUUUUUAAUGUUUUUUUUAUUUUUUAAACUGUCUUAAUAUAAAUCUACUUAAGAGUUUGCACCAAAGCUGUUGUUUCAAGCCGGAUGAGACGACGCUCACGUCCAUUUGGAGUUAUUGUUGUGUUCUCAUGUGACAAUAGACUUGGGUUUGAAACCACCGCAUCAAAUCAACUCGGGUGCACCACGUGGUUGUGUGUCUGUCAGGCGUGAAUGAGGAGAGAGUGUGAGUGUGUUGGAAAGACUGAUAUGAUUUGACUUCAUCCAAGGAGCGGUGAGAACGACUGUCAUGCUAACUGUUGCCUAAAGUGGACAAAAAGUUUUUUUAUACAAAAGUGAAAACAAUAAAAUACUAAUUUCAAAAAGGAAAA